UGUUUUUGUUGCUUUUAUUUGAUGUUUGGAUAUUUUUUAUUUGACGUUUGUAAUUUAGGCUUUUUGUAUAUUGUUCCAAUUUUAGUAUAUUUCCCGCCUUCUAAUUUCUUGCGACCUAUAAAUGUAGAGUUUAUUUUCUUUUCCUCAUUUCUCUUUUUCCUUUUUUUCUUGAUUUUUUACAAUUGUUCUUUGUGCCACUCAUUUAAAUUUGCAUAG